GCGGAACCGGGGAGGGGCUCGGGCGCUGCGGAAGCGGCGAAAGUGCGGGCGGGGAACGCGGCCCGGCUUUACUGAGCCCGGCUCCACCCUGGCCCGGCUUUACCCCGGCCCCGAUUUCCCCGGGCCCGGCUUUACCGCGGCCGCCUGUCCCGCCCUCACGGCCCCGGCCCGGCCCGGCCCGGCCCGGCCCCUCAGCGCCAUCCGUGCCCCGCUCCCGGUAAGCGGAACCCCUGCUUAAUUCACGCUUUUUCUACCCCGCAGGGUUCUCCUGCUGUAAAAAGGCACCUGGGGGCUGCGGCUGCUGCUGGUACUGACCAGGUAGCACAAAGUUGUGUCGGAUCACGUUGUUACAUAUCUGUGCACCAUAGAGGAUAUGGCAAAAGGAGGGAAGAAGAAUGUCCCAAAAACAGCUGAAAGAAGCUUUUAUCAGCAACCUGAACGGAACGAGUUUGCUGGAAAUUUCUGCAGGCUUGUCCCUGCCUCCGCUGUGCCUGCUGUGCAGAGGGCUCCUCCUGAUCCUGCACUACCUGCACCAUGGAAAACCUGUAAGCUCAAGGACGUACAGCCUGCUGCUGGACUUCCUGGUGCUGGUGUCUCCUCUCGUGUUCUCCUGCACUGUCUUGUCCCCAAUCAUCUUUUUCAUACCAGUUAUCCUUGCUGCCUUCUGUGCCGCAAUCUUUUCCAAAAUAUACAGCCAGACAAAACGAGAGGCCAGACCGCCCUUGGGGCAAAUUGUAAAAGAAUUCCAGAAGGCACGCUUGGACCCCGAGUACAUUCCAGCAAUAACUGUGUUCCGUGUUUAUGUCAACGUGCUGACAUCCAUCAGCAUUUUGGCCGUGGAUUUCCCGCAGUACCCCCGGCGAUACGCCAAGGCCGAGACCUACGGCACCGGAGCCAUGGAUUUGGGGGUGGGAGCCUUCAUCUUUGGAAAUGCUCUUGUUUGCCCUGAGGUUCGGCAGAAGCCUCACAGGACUCAGCCCAGGUUCUCCAGCCUGGCCAGGCAGGUGUUCUCUGUGUGGCCACUGAUUGCCCUCGGCGUCGGGCGGCUGCUGAGCGUUAAAUCCAUCGAGUACCACGAGCACACGUCGGAGUACGGCGUGCACUGGAACUUCUUCUUCACCCUGGCGCUGGUGAGACUUGCAGCCUCUCUGCUUUUAGCCAUAUUCCCCAAACACAAGGCUUGGCUCGUGGCUCUGGCUGUGGCUGUGCUCUACCAGCUGCUCCUCAGCACGACCUCUCUGAAGAUGUUCAUCCUGCACGGCAGCGACGGCCGGGGCUCCCGGCUCGGCUUCCUCGACGCCAACCGGGAAGGGCUCUUCUCCCUCUUUGGCUACCUGGCCAUCUACCUGGCGAGCGUGCAGGUGGGGCUGUGGCUGCUGCAGCGCAGGAGCUCGGUCAGGGGCUGGCUGGGGGCCCUCGGGGGGCUGGCCCUGGCCGUGCUGGGGCUGUGGGUGCUGCUGCAGCUGUGCCAGGCGGGCACCGAGCCCGUGUCCCGCCGCAUGGCCAACCUGCCCUUCUGCGCCUGGGUGCUCGCCCAGUGCCUGCUGCUGCUGGCCUUCUUCGUGCUCACUGACCUCAGCCUGGUGUUCACAAAGCUGCUGGUCAGGGGCUGCAGCGUGCCCUGCUGCUGGAAGGUCGUGCAGCCCCCUGAUUGCAGGAAAAAGCAAGGCAUGGAGGCCGAGCCGGUGGGAAGGCAGGACAAGCUGUCACAGCCGUGCCUGAUUAGUGCUAUUAACAAAAAUCAAUUACUGUUUUUCUUGCUGGCGAAUGUUAUGACUGGUGCUGUGAACAUCCUGAUAGACACAAUCCACAGCAAGGCUGCCUUUACAUUAUGCAUACUGCACGUGUACAUGUUUUUUAAUUGUUUAAUUAUGUAUAUAUUGCACGCCAGAAAUAUAGUAUUAAAGUUUUGGUGAUUCCACUCUGGCUGAGUGGACUAGCUGGACUUUGUUUGCUGUAGUUGGAUGAUGGUAUUUUUCCUGGAUGUGUUGCAAUAAUUUAUAAUUU